AAAGAUUCUUGCAUCCCCUGGUGCUCUUGCAUUUUCUGUGAUAGGAGAUUGUUUUUUUUCUCUUCCCCUAGUAGAUCAUUAUUCAGAAACACAGAAUGUGAGACACGGAUAUCUCAGGUCAUCCGCAGCAAACCAGUGAAAGAAGGGGGGGGGGGGGGAGGGGAAUCAGGGAAAAGAUGGCGAUCCUCUAUUGCCUGCCCAGGAGCACGAAUCUCACAAAGCAACUUCCACAGCAAUAACAAGAGCUAGACAGAGAGAAAGAGGUGGCAGUGGCGUCGGGACGCUCCUAAUUUUCUAAUGCAAAAGAUCAUUCCUGAACCAUGGAGGUGCUGCAGUGUGAUGGCUGUGAUUUCCGAGCUCCAUCCUAUGAAGACCUAAAAGCUCACAUUCAGGAUGUUCAUACUGCUUUUCUGCAGCCAACAGAUGUUUCUGAGGAAAAUCCUAGCCAACCAAAGUCUGGCUCCAUGAGUGCUAGCAACCAGACUGAGAUUGAAUUUUCUUCUGUAAAGGAUGAAUUUACAAUUGCAGAUAAAAUAGCAGGGCAAAAUGCAACAACUCAGAUGGAGACUGGAAGUUAUUAUAGCCAGAGCCAAAGUUUUUGUGGUCAACAUAUGGCUCCAAAUCCUAAACCAACCAACAAGUUUUUCCAGUGCAAAUUCUGUGUGCGUUAUUUCCGAUCUAAAAACCUCCUCAUGGAGCACACUCGCAAGGUUCAUGGAGCACAAGUUGGGGGGAGCUCAGUAGGGUCACACACUGCUGGAUCUUUAAAUUACAACAUCAUGAUGCACGAGGGGUUUGGCAAAGUUUUCUCUUGCCAGUUCUGCACCUACAAAUCACCAAGGCGCGCAAGGAUUAUUAAGCACCAGAAAAUGUAUCACAAAAACAGUCUGAAGGAGAGUUUAACUCCUACUGCUACCUCUGCUGUAUCUGAAUUGACAUCUGCAUCUGUGCCAGUGCAGGAGCCUUGCAAGGAAUUACCUGCGGAGGUGGUAGAACGGAGCAUUUUGGAGUCCAUGGUCAAGCCUCUAACAAAGUCCAGAGGCAACUUUUGCUGUGAAUGGUGCAGUUACCAGACACCUCGAAGGGAGCGCUGGUGUGACCAUAUGAUGAAGAAGCACCGCAGCAUGGUAAAAAUACUGUCAAGUUUGAGGCAGGAACAAGACAGAACCAAUGCGUCUGAUGUGCAGAGUAAGUGUGUCCAGAAUGCCUCCCCAAACUCUAAUUAUAUCUCUGUGAAUAUGACAGGACGUGAUAUGUUGAAUGCUGAUGUCUCAAACUUCAGAAGCUCUAUGGGCAAUUCCCUUAUCAGGCCCAACUCUUCUAUAUCCUCUAAGUUUUUCUCUGUGUCUUAUCCUCAAAUGAAGUCUAAAUUACCUCACAACUCGGGCAUAGUUAAUUUGUCUGACAGAUCCCACUAUGGAGUUGCUGACAUGACAAAUUCUUCUGCUGAAUUGGAAACAAACAGUAUGCUAAAUGACUGCAGCUCAGACGAAGAGUUAAAUGAAGUCAACAGUGAGAAUGGCUUGAACUCUGUGGACCACCAGACUUCAGGAAUAUCUGCAGAGCAACUGAUGGGAUCUGAUGGCAACAAGCUGUUGGAAACAAAAGGGAUUCCCUUUAGAAGAUACAUGAACAGGUUCCAAUGUCCUUUUUGCCCUUUCCUCACAAUGCACCGUCGAAGCAUCUCCCGUCACAUUGAGAAUAUCCACCUGUCUGGGAAGACAACUGUAUACAAAUGCAAUGAAUGCCCUUUCACCUGUAAGAGUUCGUUAAAGCUUGGAGCUCAUAGGCAAUGUCAUGCAAGUACAACAUCAGACUGGGACACUCUGAAUUCUCAGAGUGAAAACAUUGUCUCCACUUUGAAUGACAACACAGUUUCUUAUGAAAGUGGAAAUAUAAAUGCAAGGAAGUCAGCUGGGAUGAUGGAAACAGUGCAGCAGCAACAGCAGCAGUUGCCUCAACCCCAUUCACAGCAUCCUUAUAAGUGCACAAUGUGUAACUAUUCUACCACUACUUUGAAAGGCCUCAGAGUUCAUCAGCAGCACAAGCACUCAUUUUGUGACAACUUACCAAAAUAUGAUGGACAGUCAUUCAAUGUGCCACAAGAGAGCGAGGUAGAUGCUCUCACCUCUGUUAGCACAGUGAAGAAAAGCCAGACCUCAAUUCUUGGUCUCUCGUCUAAAAAUAACUUUAUUGCUAAAGUCACUCGGAAGGUGUCAAAUGACUGUCCUUUGGAUCUCUCACCAGUGAAGAAAAGAACUAGAAUUGAUGAAAUAGCAAGCAACUUGCAGAGCAAAAUAAACAAAAACAAACAGCAAGAAGAUGCUGUGAUUAAUGUAGAGGAUGAUGAGGAAGAGGAGGAAGAUGAGGUGGAGAUAGAAGUGGAAUUAGACAGAGAAGAAGAACAAACAGAGCCACUGGUGGAGGUUUCUAGUUCUUAUGCACCCCAGCAAAUGUGGGGGAGAGAGACUAAUGAUUCCCAGAAGGAUGCAAAAUUUAAAAACAUGCAUCAUGAUUAUAUUUCCACCAAUGGAGCAGAGAUUGAGCUCACUUUAUCUGAAGAUGAAGAAGAUUAUUUUUCUUCCAUUAACAUGAAAGAUCAACAGAGUCCUAAUGCCUCCAUUCUGGGAAGCCAGCCAAGUAUGUAUGGACCUGAUCAGAACAACGAAAAUGUGGAGAUUAAUGACUCUGGCAGGCUUUACUAUUGUAAACACUGUGAUUUUAGCAACAAAUCUGCCAGGAGUGUUAGCACCCACUACCAACGGAUGCACCCCUACAUAAAAUUCAGCUUUAGGUAUAUCUUGGAUCCCAAUGAUCACAGUGCAGUAUACAGAUGCCUUGAGUGUUAUAUUGACUAUACGAACUUUGAAGACCUGCAGCAACACUAUGGAGAGCAUCAUCCUGAAGCUAUGAAUGUAUUGAACUCCGAUCACUCUGAUCUGAUCUACCGCUGUCGCUUCUGUUCUUACACUAGCCCUAAUGUUAGAAGCCUGAUGCCGCAUUACCAAAGAAUGCAUCCAACAGUGAAAAUUAACAAUGCAAUGAUAUUUUCAAGCUAUCUUGUUGAGCAGCAAGAGGGGUUAAACACAGAGUCUCAGACACUGAGAGAGAUCUUGAAUUCUGCUCCAAAAACUAUGGCAACCCCCACCCCUGUGGCUCAUGGGACUACUGUGCCAGCAAGUUUUAACAAAAGUGCCACAAAGAGUUUUAGUCCUGAAUGUGAAAAUCAGAAGGCACCUUCGGUCAGUUCUGUGGUUGUUUAUGACUGUGAUGUGUGCUCAUUUGCAAGCCCUAACAUGCAUUCAGUUCUGGUGCAUUACCAGAAAAAACACCCUGAACAAAAAGCAUCAUAUUUCAGAAUUCAGAAGACCAUGCAUAUAGCUUCUGUUGACAGGGGCUCUGCCCUGGCUCAAAUGUCUUUUGAGAUGGGGGUGUCUGUCUCCUCAAAACUAUCUAACUUGGCUUCUCAACCUCCACCUCCCCCAUCACUGCCCCCAGACCUUGCUUCUGAACUCUACUAUUGCAAACACUGUUCAUACAGCAACCGUUCAGUUGUGGGAGUGCUUGUCCACUACCAGAAAAGGCAUCCGGAAAUAAAAGUCACUGCCAAGUACAUCAGGCAGGCACCCCCUACUGCAGCAAUGAUGAAGGCUGGUGAGCUGCCACCUGGGAUUCAGAAACUGCCAGUGUCAGUGCAGCAGUUGAGGCGGGGCAGUUCUGAGAGCUGUGUGAAUUCCCCUGAGAAUGAAAUGUUCUUGUGCCAGCACUGUGAUUAUGGGAACCGGACUGUGAAAGGUGUGCUCAUUCAUUAUCAAAAGAAGCAUCGUGAUUUCAAAGCCAAUGCAGAUGUGAUUAGGCAGCAUACAGCCACCAUUAGAAGCCUUUGUGAUCGUAACCAGAAGAAAUCAUCUGGCAGCCUGCCUGCUCACACCUCCAACACUGAACAGGACAAGAUAAAGCUGAGAGCCCUCAAAUGCAGGCAAUGUAGCUACACAUCACCUUACUUCUAUGCGUUGAGGAAGCAUAUUAAGAAAGACCACCCAAAUCUGAAGGCCACAGUCACGGCCAUUCUGAGAUGGUCAUUUUUGGAUGGCUUGAUAGAAGCUGGCUAUCACUGUGAAUGGUGCAUUUAUUCACAUACAGAACCAAGUGGUUUGCUUGUGCAUUACCAAAGGAGACAUCCUGAACAUUAUGUUGACUAUACAUAUAUGGCAACUAAACUCUGGGCAGGUCCGGAUCCUUCCCCUCCUACCCCAGUGAUGCCAUCAGAGGCAAAAACCUAUAAAUGCAGAGACUGCAUUUUUGAAACAUCUUCCAUUUGGGAUAUUACUAAUCACUACCAGGCUUUUCACCCUUGGGCUAUGAAUGGGGAUGAAUCUGUAUUGUUAGAUAUCAUUAAGGAGAAAGAUGCUGCUGAGAAAAUUGGCACACAGCUUAAUGAAGUUAGGGCCAGGAUUAAUUCUGAAAACAAGGUAACAUCACAGAUGGACCAGGAUGUGGAGGAUCCCAGCCUUUCCCAGGAAAAAACUAUUAUUCAACUGGCUUCUGCAAACCCUGCCAUCUCUUCCAUUCCAUAUCAGUGUACAGUUUGCCAGUCUGAGUACAAUAACUUGCAUGGCCUCCUGACACAUUAUGGCAAAAAGCAUCCUGGCAUGAAAGUAAAAGCUGCUGACUUUGCACAGGACAUAGACAUUAACCCAGGGGCUGUGUACAAGUGCAGACAUUGCCCAUACAUUAACACACGCAUUCAUGGUGUCCUCACACAUUACCAGAAACGGCACCCAUCAGUAAAGGUCACUGCUGAAGACUUUGUGCAUGAUGUGGAACAGUCGAAUGACAUCACCCAGAAUGACAUAGAAGAAAUGAGUAGGAUUUUCAAGCAAGGCUAUGGUGCAUACCGGUGCAAACUAUGCCCUUACACCCAUGGCACACUGGAGAAGCUCAAAAUUCACUAUGAGAAAUACCAUAAUCAGCCUGAAUUUGAUGUUUUUGCUCAGUCAUCACCAAAGCUGUCUGCCUCAGUGGAGCCAGACAUGGUAACUGAAAUCAAGGUCUCCCCAGAAAUUGCUGCUGAUAGCGUUGGAGAAGUCUCUGUCUCGGUACCUCAUUUCUCCAGUUCUCACUUAGUGUCUCACACAGUUUUCCGGUGUCAGCUCUGCAAAUACUUCUGUUCUACCCGGAAGGGGAUAGCCAGGCACUACCGCAUCAAACAUAAUAAUGUUCGAGCACAGCCAGAAGGCAAGAACAACCUCUUCAAGUGUGCUUUGUGUUCCUACACCAACCCUAUCCGCAAAGGGCUUGCAGCACACUACCAGAAAAGGCAUGACAUUGAUGCUUACUACACUCAUUGUUUAGCAGCUUCCAGGACAGUAAGUGAUAAACCCAAUAAAGUGAUCAUUCCAUCUCCUCCCAAAGAUGAUACUCCUCAGUUAAGUGAGGAGCUGAGGAGGGCUGUGGAAAAGAAGAAAUGCUCGCUUUGUUCCUUUCAAUCUUUUAGCAAAAAAGGUAUUGUAUCCCACUACAUGAAGCGUCACCCUGGUGUUUUCCCUAAGAAGCAGCAUGCGAGCAAGCUGGGGGGUUACUUCACUGCUGUGUAUGCUGAUGAACAUGAAAAGUCAACUCCAGCUGAGGAAAGGAAUGACUUUGAAAAGACUGAGGUGGAGAGCGAGGCUCAGGAAACUGAGUGGCUUCCCUUCAGAUGCAUAAAAUGUUUCAAGCUGUCCUUCAGCACAGCAGAGCUGCUAUGCAUGCAUUACACUGAUCACCACAGCAAGGAUUUGAAGAGAGACUUUACCAUACUGGGAAGUGGCACCCCCUCUCAUAAUGCUGUCUAUCAGUGCAAGCACUGUGAUACUAAAUUGCAUAGCACAGCAGAGCUAACCUCACACUUGAAUAGUCACAAUGAAGAAUUCCAGAAGCGUGCCAAACGUCAGGAGAGGAGGAAACAGCUUUUGAGCAAGCAGAAAUAUGCAGAUGAUGCUUUUACAGAUUUCAAACAAGAGAGGGCUUUUGGACACUUGGAAGAUGCUUCAAAACUUGAGGAGAGGAAAGUAGUUGGCUACAAAUGUAAAUUUUGUGUGGAAGUUCAUCCAACGCUUCGAGCCAUCUGUAAUCAUCUCCGUAAGCAUGUCCAGUAUGGAAAUGUUUCUUCUGUGUCAGCUACAGUAAAGGGUCUGCGAUCUCAUGAGAGGAGUCACUUGGCUCUGGCCAUGUUUACCCGGGAAGACAAGUACAGCUGCCAGUAUUGCUCCUUUGUCUCUGCUUUCAGGCACAAUCUGGAUCGCCAUAUGCAGACUCAUCAUGGGCACCAUAAGCCAUUCCGUUGCAAGCUCUGUCCAUUCAAGUCCUCUUACAAUAGCCGCUUGAAAACCCAUAUACUCAAAGCUCAUGCUGGUGAACAUGCCUACAAAUGUUCUUCCUGCACAUUUUCCACCAUGACAAUCGGCCAGCUGAAAGAUCAUUCCUUGAGAGUGCAUGGGAAAGCACUGACACUACCAAGACCCCGUGUUGUCAGCCUCUCACCUUCACUUGGCUACCAUACCUCCAAGAAACACAUCUCUGCUGAAGCGGUGGAGGACACUAAUGACUCUUCAUACUCGGAACCUCCUGAUGUUCAGCAACAGUUGAACCAUUACCAGUCUGCAGCUCUGGCCAGGAACAAUAUCAGCCGAAUCCCACCUUCUGGGAGUGCUGCAGGAGUGGAAAAAACAGAAGCUAUCCUUAACUGUGAAUUUUGUGACUUCUCCUCGGGUUACAUACAGAGCAUUCGACGUCACUACCGUGACAAGCAUGGAGGGAAGAAACUCUUCAAGUGCAAAGAUUGUUCCUUUUAUACAGGCUUUAAAUCUGCUUUUACUAUGCACGUGGAAGCUGGACAUUUGGCAGUUCCUGAGGAAGGACCCAAAGACCUUCGUUGUCCUCUUUGCCUAUAUCACACCAAAUACAAACGUAACAUGAUUGAUCAUAUAGUUCUGCACAGAGAAGAGCGGGUUGUUCCCAUUGAAGUUUGCCGUUCCAAACUGUCAAAAUACUUGCAGGGAGUUGUUUUCCGCUGUGAUAAGUGUACCUUUACCUGCUCCAGUGAUGAGAGUUUGCAGCAACACAUAGAGAAACACAAUGAACUUAAACCUUACAAAUGUCAACUCUGCUACUAUGAGACCAAACACACAGAGGAGCUGGGCACUCAUCUUCGAGAUGAGCACAAGGUGAGUCGUAAUUUUGAGCUGGUUGGACGGGUUAAUUUGGAUCAGCUGGAACAAAUGAAGGGGAAAACAGAGAGCUCCAGCAGCGAUGAGGAAGAAAAAGAGUUAAGCCACAAGACUGAAGGCAGAGAGUCCAUGAUGUAUCCUGACAGUGGAGCUCCAGAGAAGCGCUUUCCAUGUGAGUUCUGUGGCCGAUCAUUUACAGAGGGCUCUGAGUGGGAACGACAUAUCCUGAGGCAUGGCAUGGCUCUGAAUGUAAGUAAGGAAGGGACCAGAGAGGACAGCAAACUGAAGGAGAACACAGAAAAGACUGUUAAUACACUGACAAUAGAAGAAAAGGAAAGCACUGAGAAAAUGGUGGUGGACUUGUCCCACAACAGUGAAACUACAGUCAGUGUUGUAGCUGCUGACAAACAUCUCCAAGAGACCUCAGAGGCCAAUAAUGAAUAAAUUUGGUGUUAUUUUAAUCAACUUACUUGAACAGUGGUGAAUUGGAAGGGAUGGGCAGGUGGGGUGGGCAGAAGGAAGAAAUAAAGCUGCUUUUAGGAAUGAAUGAUCUAUUUUCAAAGCACUGGUACCUAUGUGAGUGUGUGUAUAUUAUUUACAUGAUGGAAUAAGUGGUUCCAUUACAUCACUGCAUCUCUUCUUCUGGAUCUUGACAAUGGGAAAUUACAUUCAUAUUGGACUAAUGAAACAACUCCCUGUGUCUCUACAUUACACAAUGUGCUUUGCAGUGGAGACUUGCAUUGUUUGGAAACAGAAGUGUAAUGAGCAUGGUUGGGGAUGGUGGUGUAACAUUUCAACACAAAAAUUUUUGUGUGUUUUUCUAGUUUCAAUACAUGAUUACUUUCCAGACUGAACACAACUUUGUUUAUCUAAAAAAAAAAAGAUAAACUGCUUUGCUUAAAACAGCCACCUGUUUCCUAAUACCUCAAAAUUAACAAAGGGACAUCUCUGCAUUUAUUAGUACUGCCUGUUGUCAUUAUGCUUAAAGUUGAGAGACUGCUGGGCAAGGUGGUGAAAGGAGGAAGCAACAAAGUUUUAAAGGAAAACAAAUUGUGCUUAAAAUCCCACUGUGGAUUUAAUUUCUUAAAAUACUGUGAUUUUUUUUAAUAAUAAAUAAAAAGUCUUUAAUUUCUAGAUAAUGGUUUGUGAAUUGUCAUCCUUUAUUCCAGGUAAGCUGUUCAUUAGUAUUCACCUAUAACUUCAGUAUUUGAUAGAUCUAAUGUGACUCUGUGGUUUUGUUUGCCAUAUGUUUAUUUCCUAUCAGCUUUAACUAUUGCAAAAAUGGCACAAUUAACUUUCUCAUGCAAAAUGAGUGGUGGUAACUUUCCAAAGGGGAAGGGGACAGGGAAAAGAAUUCCCAUUAAUAUAAAACUUGUUAUUUCUGUUUAGUGUUUUAAAAAAUUGUAUUUUUUUAACUCAAGAACCAAGCUAACAGAACAGCUAUGCUGCUUAUGGGCCAAACAUAUUGGUCCUCAUAAUUAUUAUAUCAAUAUUUAAAUGAGCAUCUAGUCAUCUCUCACCAGUACUUUCUGUCAAGAUUGGUAUCGUUGUCUCUUCCCACCCCCCACUCUGUGGGGUGGGUGUGCUUUUUUUUGUCUUGGUAUAGUGGGAGGGAAUGAUGUCAGUGCUUGCAUCUUUUCAUGAGCAGAAGUAAAAUAGUUACAUACUACAUUGAGUCUGGAGAGUUGAUGGGAGUUGCUAAUUUUUCCCCCUACUCCUUAGCUUUUUAGCAUGAGGGGAGCAGUAUAGAAUGAAUAAGAAUCUACAUAUCUUGUGGCUGAUCCUGCACUUUGGAAAUCCUACUCAACUCAACAGCAAUCUUCCUUGAAUAAGGAAUACAGGAUCUGGUGCUCAUGGUAUGUAGAACUUAUUUCCAAUAAGUAGGAAAUACUUGACUAAAAACUAGUUCUAGAAAUGCAUGUGUCUUUGUCUUGGGGUUACUUUUGUUUGUUGGGGAGGGAUGAAGAAGCUGCUGAGGAAAUAUUGCUCUAGACAGCUUCAAAUAAAAUUGAUGGCAAAAAUUGCAUUAUUUGAAUUAGUGCUACUUGAAGCAUGGUAUUUUGCUUUUAAAGAUCUAGCAGUUGUGGGUUUGCAGGAUUUUUUUAGCUUUGUUUGGGAAGGGUUGCUUUUUUUUUUGGAGGAGGGAGGGAGCAUCAUGUAGAAAACACAAUGGAGGGAAAAGUGUAAAUUUUGUGCCUGUAUUUGUUUUUUAAUUGGCCUCAUUUCAAAUGACUUUAAAAAGUUUCAUACCUGGAUUGAGUGUUUGUAAUAGUUACCAAAAAUGAAAAAAAGAAACAAUUGACAUGCUUUUAUCACUAUUUUUCAAAUAACAUGUAAAUACUGUAAUCGAUUAGAUUUUGUUUUGCAAACCUAUUAAUAAAAAUACAGGACCAUUAUCCUUUUAACAA